UUUCAUUCCAUCAACAACAGAACCAUAACAGGUGUGUAAUGCACAAGAAUGCAGAUGCUUGAAUGGCAAUGUCAAUCAUCUUCAUGUAAAACCUGCUCAGAUUUUGGGAUCGGCGUUCAGAAUUCGAUGGUGAGAAGGAAAGUAAGAGCAGCAAAGGAGAGUGAUUUUGAAACGACUCAAUUACAGCAGGGGAAGUUGCACAAUGUCAAAGCCAAUCCCACCAGUGCCGUUGCCAAGGAAAAAGAAUUUCCCCUCAGACAGCACUGAGGACGACAAUCCGUUAAAACAUACUUCCACUCCUCGGUCUCCCACAAAAUCUCCACAGGGAGGGUCGGUCGGCUCAACUCCUCCACCAGUGUUGCCAAAGAAGUGGAGCGUUAGACAGAGUUCUGGAGGAUUUGAUUCUGGAAAUGGAACUUUGGAAAUAAUAAAGGUGGUGGCCAAGCCCCCAGUUGACAACUGUCUGCCACAAGCUCCUCCUCUGCCUCGAAAAACCCCAAAAGAACAGCCUCAUGAUGGACACAGAAUGGAUGACAUCUCUUUUUCCAACUGGAAAAAAGGACUGAAAGAUUGGAAUACUCUGUGCACAGACUUCAAACUCAGAGGAGAGAAUGAAAGAACGAUCAUCAAAGUUGAAGCUGAACAGCUCUACAUCACUAUACAGCGUUACCUCUUACUGAUGUCUAAAUAUGGUGAAAACCUCAAGUGUCACACUGUGGAGCUGCUCUGCAUUGCUGACAACUUGGACAAGGUUUCAAAGGGGACAAAGAUUGCUGGCAUCACAGGAGGAGCUACAACUGCAGCAGGUGGUGUUGCAGCAGCGGCCGGGGUGAUUCUGGCCCCAGUAACGAUGGGAUUAUCACUGGCACUGACUGCCGUUGGGGUGGGUGUGGCUGCAGCCGGCGGCGUCACUGGUGCAUCAGCCGCCAUCGCUAACAAGGCGAACGUCAGUCAGGGCAAGAAGAAACUCGAGAAGACCUUCCAGGAGUACCAAGGCCUCAUGGGGAAUUUUCAGGAAUGCUUGAAGUUCAUCAACGAGGGCUUAGAGCAGCUAAAGCAGCAUGAUCUGUCUGUUCUGAUUGAAGCCAGGAGGGAUUCGGAGAGAGUAGCACAGAUGAUACAGCUGGCCUCUACAGGACGAGCCAGUGCAAGGGCAAUAGAGGCUUACAGUAAAGCGUCUGGGUUGAUGGAAGGCUUCGCCCUCGCCAUCAAUCUCGAAGGAAAGAAUGGUCAGAAGCAGAAGAGGGACUUCAAGUCUGCGCUUGGUAAGAAAAUCCGCAAGUUAGCAGAGGAGCUCAACAAGGGCUUGGAUGAGCUCAAGGACUUGUUCAGUGAGCAUUGUUCAUAGGAGUGAAAGGUUUUUAAAUUGUUGACCUUCUCCUACCUGAUAUCAUCUUCAUACAUUCAUAUUUGCCUAUUU